AUGGAUCUUCUAAGCGCUCUGCACCAGCACCGAAACACGGAACAUUAUCUCAUUCAUCAGUGUUUUCCCUUGCUGGAAACUAAAUUGAAUGCUGCGGAAAUUGAAAUCUCACGCUGGCAACAACGCGCCUUCACCGCAGAAAGCAAGAUUAAGUAUCUGGAACAGCAGCUAAGGGAAAGAGAAAAGCAAACCGACGACAGUAAAACUGCCAGCAAUGUCCAGCAUCAAGUCAUGAUGAAAACUGGCGCCGUGAUGGGUGAAGUCAUAUGGAAAUCGUUCAAAAACCACACCACCGUAAAAAUGCUGGUAGAAGCUGAAGAAACGAUGAACAAAUACUGUGCCCUCUCUCAGGGCAUCGUGGAAUCAUUUUUGGGCUCGUACGACGGUAACAUUCCUCCGCAGAAAUCGUUGGAACACGUUUUCGUCAUUUCUGUGUUGGGGGCACUGACGAACCUGGCCGCUUUCGACGAGGGACGCUCGUUUCUGGCCAAAGGACAACCGGGGCUGGUGCUGUUGACGAAACUGUUGCAAGAACAGGAACAUUGGGGCAUCGCCCCCGGGCGGUACCUGAAACGGAUGACGCUAACUUUCACCUACAACUUCUCGCUGGUUGACAAAGUGGCCUACUUUAUACUGAGCGAAGAGAAACUGCUAAACGCGGUGCUAAAGUGCGUUCGUCCGAACGACGAACCAAGUGAUGUGGUCGGUGCUGCUGUGGCAAUCAUUUAUCGUUUGCUGAUGGUUUCGCAGCAGGCGGGCAUUCCAACGGCGUUGCCGGAAAAGAUACCAAUGCAGUUGGUAAAAUCUAUGACCACAUCUUCCGAUGUGAAACUUGUAGAAAUAUCAAACAAUCUCAUUUGUCUUAUGGAAUCAGGUAUCGCUUCCCGUUGA